AUGGACCAACACUUAGUCAGUCCUCAUGAGGACGUUAGGCCAGCGUCAUCCAACGACACUCUCCGGGAGAAGACGAUUCAAGAACAGCACCACCAGAGCGACGAGACAGACCUGGAAGUCAGCGAUGACGGGGUCAACGAGCUCGUUCGUGGCUACAGCUUAGAGCUUGUCCGCACGUCCACCCGUCCGAACAGCUCCUUCGUCAACCCCUUCCUUUCCAAGGAUCCUUCUCUCGAUCCCAGCAGCCGCGAGCAUUUCAACGCCAAGAAGUGGACCAGGUCCCUGCUCCAGCACUCUGACCACGACCCCGAAAAGUUUCCCAGAUUAGAAGCUGGCGUCGCGUGGCGCAACUUGAGCGUCCAUGGCUUCGGUACCGACACGGACUACCAGAAAGAUGUUCUGAACGUCUUGCUCCAAGGCCCCAUGAUGAUCAAGCAGUUCUUCAGCAACAGGAGGCAGAAGAUUGACAUCUUGAGGGAGUUUGAUGGUAUUGUGAAGAGUGGUGAGAUGCUUCUGGUUUUGGGACGACCAGGAAGUGGAGUUUCGACUCUGCUGAAGACCAUUGCCGGAGAGACAAACGGCUUGCAUCUUGAGUCGCAUUCACAUCUCAGCUACCAAGGCAUCCCGAUGGAGACCAUGCACAAAGCAUUCCGAGGCGAAGUCAUCUACCAGGCCGAAACCGAUAUCCACUUCCCUCACAUGACGGUCGGGCAGACGCUUCUCUUUGCCGCUUUGGCCAGAACACCCAAGAACCGUCUGCCGGGUGUUAGUCGACAGAGAUACGCUGAGCACCUCCGAGACGUCGUGAUGGCCGUCUUUGGUAUCUCCCAUACUAUCAACACCAAGGUCGGCAACGACUUUGUGAGAGGCGUCAGCGGUGGCGAGCGUAAGCGAGUGAGUAUCGCAGAGGUCACCCUCAGCCAGAGCCCGAUCCAGUGCUGGGACAACAGCACCAGAGGCCUGGACAGUGCUACCGCUCUCGAAUUUUCCAAGACGCUGCGGUUGUCUACCAAUGUCGCCAAGACAUCAGCCGUCGUGGCCAUGUAUCAGGCUUCACAGCCGGCAUACGAUGUGUUUGACAAGGUCUCUGUUCUCUACCAGGGCAGGCAGAUCUACUUCGGUCCUACGGAACUCGCCAAGCACUACUUCGUCGAAAUGGGCUACGCCUGCCCCGACCGCCAGACCACCGCCGACUUCCUAACAUCUCUCACCAACCCCGCCGAGCGCGUCGUCAGACCUGGCUUCGAGAAUAGGGUGCCCAGAAGCCCAGACGAGUUUGCGACGGUGUGGAAAGGAAGCCAGCUGAGGGCUCGUUCGAUGGAGGAGAUCCACUCAUUCGAGGAGCAGUAUCCCAUGGACGGCUCAGGCGUGAACAAGUUCUCUGAAGUUCGCAAGGCGCACAAGCAGUCUCUCACGUGA